CCCUGCUCUAGCACGUCAGCCCCGGUGUUCCCAUGUGCUGGCUCCUGCCCCAGUGAAUCUCCCCAGGUCUGCGGGGUCAGAGGGAUGGAGCAGCUCCGGGAGGACGUCACCUGCUCCAUCUGCCUGGACGUCUUGAACGACCCCGUCUCCAUCGAGUGCGGCCACAACUUCUGCCGGGGCUGCCUCGCAGCUCACUGGAGCGGGGUCUCAGCCCAGGGACGCCGCUGCCCCGAGUGCCGGGCUCCUUGCUCCAGGGGCAGGAUGAUCCCAGACACACGCGUCAAAAGCCUGGUGGAGAAAUUCACUGAGCCUCUGCAGGAGGAGCCGGAGCCGGUGAGACCAGACGGGCCAGAUAAGGGGAAAAGGAGCUUUCUCCUGUCGGGGAUGCUGGGCCCAAUCCAGCCCCAGGGCAGGGACUGCCUGGCUCAGGGGGGCAGGGAAUGGGACACUCAGACUUGUAGGCCAGAAGUGGCGGGCAAACUUUUUGGCCUGAGGGCCGCAUCAGGUUUUGUAAAUUGUAUGGAGGGCCAGUUAGGGGAGGAGGUCGUGGCGGAGCGCUGCCUCUGA